AUGGCUCCCCGCGGCCGCUGGGCCUCCCUGCUGCUCCUCGCCUGCUGCCUGGCGCUGCUGGCCGGGCGCCCGGGCGCCGCGGGGCCGGUGCAGCCCACCUACCCCGGCGACGACGCGCCCGUGGAGGAGCUCGUGCGCUUCUACAACGACCUGCAGCAGUACCUCAACGUGGUCACGCGGCACAGGUACGGCAAGCGGUCUGGCGGCCGGGCGCUGUGCGAGGAGCCCUACGGAGCAGCCGGGUGCUGA